UUUGAGAGAGUUGGGAACAGAGACAUAAGUGAUUAUAAGGUGUUGGGAAGGCGUGACUUGUUUCUUGACCCCAGCGUGAGAUUGAAGGCAACACACGAGUUACUCUAAAAGGGUUUUAAAAGGAGAAAUAUACUCUUAAUUAGUGUCUGUUCUUUGAUUUUGAAUCAGUAAAAGCUUUAUGCAUUAUGAUGCAGGAUCUUCUACCAAACUAGUGAAACUGCUGACUGAUCUGGACCAACCCAGUUUACACCAAGACUACUUUCUUCUUCAAGCUUUAGUGGAACCGACCUGGUGACUAAUUCUUUUGACCUGUCGUUUAUUUACUGGAAACCAUACGAGUUUUGGGAUUAGCCGGGAUAAGUGAGAGGUGCAUGAUUUAGCAUCAUUAGAGAGUGUUUAGUAGGGUCGUGUUGGUAUAUUAGAGUGUUAAAAGAGAAAGAAACAAGAAAGAGUAAGAAGGGAUCAAGUUUCUUGGUCGGAAGUUUGAAUGGUCUUAAUUCUUUAUUGGUCGUGUCAUCAUCAAAGUUCGUGCACGCCUUAACUUGCCAAAUACUCAUCUUAUUUGUUUUUAUU